AUGCAAGUCGCAAAAUUCACUUCUUUUCGGAAACAAUUGGACCAGGAAUUACACUCCCUUUCUUCAGAAUCUAAAAGAAGAAAUUCAACCAUUAAACAUGCUAGCGACAAAUCAAUCGAUAUUCUAAAGACUAUUCAAAAUAUAGAAGAACUUGUAAGGCACCCUGAUUUUGUUACACCUUUGGUCCUGGCCUGUUCAUCGAGAAAUGCCAAAUUAACUUCAAUUGCCAUGCAAUGCCUACAAGGAUUGGCGUCCGUACCUUCAAUACCAGAGUCAAGAAUCCCAGAAGUUCUAGACGGAUUCAUUGAAGCCACUCAGCUAGCGAUGGAGAUACAAUUGAAAGUUCUACAAAUAGUACCAAUAUUUUUCAAGACAUAUGCAAAAUAUAUUGUAGGCCCACAAUGUAAAAAGUUACUUCAAUGCUGUUCAAGUUUACUUCAACUACCAAAUAAAGCACCAGUUGUCUUUGGGACUGCAAGCGCAACUUUGCAGCAACUAAUAGAUGAAGUCUUCGAAAGAGUUUCCUACGAAUGGGCCAAAAAUGAAGAUGACGAAUCGGCAACUGCAACGUUUGAAGUAAUGAUUAGUAAUAAUGAAACAGUCAAAGUUGGCCCCUACCACUACGAUGCUAACAGAUUACUUAAUGACUUAUGUUCAUUGGUCGAAUCAUCUACCUCCUCUUCAUCUUCAACAAGUACUCAGGAUAAAACCGAUCAAUUGUUAGAUAUUAAAGACAUCCAAACAGAUUACGGCCUAGAGAUAUUGGAAUCAGUUUUGAAGAAUAGUAAGAAAUUAUUUUUGACAUACCCUGAUUUACAAUUUAUAUUGAGAACAAAAACGGUACCGUUACUAUUACGCUAUAUUUCGUCAUCAAAACAUUUUUCGACUAUAUUCAGAAGUUCUCGAUGUAUCCAACUUCUAAUCAAAAAGGACUAUCUCUCAUUACUUGAACUGGAAUUGGAAGUUAUUAUUUCACUGCUUAUUCAUGGAAUAUCAUUAGAAUCCAAUAUAUCCCCUUGGCAACGGAUAUUGUCGUUGGAAAUAUUCAAGGAACUAUCCCAAGAUUUUGAAAUGAUCAGGUCAUUAUUUAUUACUUAUGAUUUGUUCCCAGACAGGAAACAUAUUGUGAACGAUUUAUUGCAAACAUCUUUCAAAUUAAUCGAUUCAAAGGACUUUACAUCUUUCCUUGGCCAUUCAGAGAUUAUUCAAAAAGUUAGCUCUCCUCUAAUCACAUCUGAAACAACAACUGUCAAGACAAGAUAUAUUGAUAUGCUAGAUAAGACAAACCCGCCUUCUGUUAAUUUAGCUUACAUAAUUUCUUUAGUAUUAUCAAUAUCCAAUAAUUUCUCUGAAGGUUUAAAUAACCACGUUUUAACUGUUUGCCAAGCUAAAGGUGAUGAUAAAAACGAAGCGAGCAAGGAGGAAUCAGAACUCACAUCGACUAAACGAUUAUAUGAGGGCUUGUUCGAAAGUCUAUUCCAACUCCAUAAAUUACUCUUAUAUUCGUCAAUGUUAGAUUCUCACAUAUUCCAUUCGCUAGUAAGAGCAUUUCAAAAGUUAGCUCAUGCGGCUGGACUUCUACAUUUAAACGAUAAAUUGAAUGUAUGUCUUGACCUAUUCUCAAAGUCAAUCGUUAACAACACUUUGAGUGGAAGUCCUACAGAUGAUAUGCAGACUAAUAUUGGACCUCAGUCACAAUCGUCAAGAAACAGUUCAAAAACUUCCACGCCUAGAAAAUUACAGUCCGCCACAUUCUCAGAUAAGAAAUCUUUACACCUUAGAUCUUUCAAUUCAAGAAACGUUAGUUUAUUCAGAGCUCUAUUAUCGCUAUCCAUAUCAAUUGGUUCCUUCUUUAACACGAAAAGCUGGCAAAUUGUCUUCCUAACUUGGCAAUGGGUAUCAUACUUUAUUUAUGGGCCAUCUGCUGAUUUUAUGGAAGCAUUCUAUGCCAAUGAUAUUCCACCUGCUCCUACAGUAUCAAAGAGUGAUUUACUGUCCAUCGAGACCAGCAUCAAGAAAUUGUUCGAAAAUACUCAGUCAUACUCGUCCGAUUCAUUUCAAAUUCUAUUGGAAAGCGUAAUGAUAGAAGCUAAAAAAUCAUUAUCCAUUCCAGAAGAAGAUUCUGAUAGCGCAAAUGGAUACCAUCCUUUAAACCAAUCAAAUGAACUAUCGAAUUGUAUCUACAAUAAGGGGUUUUUCAUUACUCAAAUUGGUGAACUAGCGUCUUUCAACUUCAAUAGAUUUAUCACGGAAUAUCAAAAUCAAGACAGGAUGCUGUGGAAUUCGAUUAUGAGUUUCUUUAUCAAAUUGAUUGCUAAUCGCAAUAUUUCAAGUAUUCCCCUCCGUCUAUAUAUUACUAGAGUUUUCACGGAUAUCAUAAAGAAUAUUGCUAAUGAAGUUGGAAAUAUGGACGACCAAGAAACCAGAGCCUCCAAAUUUUCCAUAUUAGAGCAAUUGUUCACCAAUUCGCUAAUGAAAACAAUUGAAUCAAUUCAAAAAUUAGACGUUACAAAAAAUGAAAUAUAUGAUGGUACAAUAAGAACUGAAUCUGAAAUCAUAUUUCAAAUUUUGUCCACUUUAAAAGAGAUUUUAAAUGAAUUUGGUGACCUAUUAACUCAAUCAUGGUCAACUAUAUUCAAUAUUAUCAAUGCACCUUUUGAAUGGAACAUUGAAACAGCUUUGUCUUCUGAAGGAGGCAAUGAUAAAGAAGACUCCUCAUUGGUAGGAGGAAUUCUUCAAAAUUAUAUAGAUAUGAUCCAAGUCUCCUAUGAUGUAUUCAAAUUAAUAUCAGAUGACUUUUUACAAUCACUACCCUUGGGCGUAAUAAAAUACGUUGUUGACACUUUAGUGAAUUAUGCUACGCAGGAUAAAAUAUUAAAUAUCUCAUUUUCCUCAAUUAGUCAAUUUUGGUUAGUCGGUGAUUAUUUACGACUAAAAGAUGGCGACAUUGUAAAAUUCGAUGACUCUAAAGAAUCGAAAGACAGGCUAGCUAUUUUCAAGGGUAAACUGCAAGACAACCAAUUAACCCAGAUUAUUUCCUCAUCAGCUUCGAAAGGACCAGAGAUGUAUAAUGGCCUUUGGUUAUAUCUUCUAAAAAGUCUAAUAGAAUGCACUAAAGACAAGAGGAUAGAAGUCAAGAAUGGUUCCAUCCAAACGUUUUUCAGAAUUGUCGAUUCUCAUGGGAGUUGUUUCCCAACUUGGGACUUAAUCUUCAUAGAAGUAUUGAAUCCAUUCUUAAAAGAAAAACUAUGGGAGGCUGACAAUGAAGAAAUUUCCAAAUUUGUUGACUUAACUUUAAAAGGUUUAGUAGACCUUUACCCAAGUCAUUUUACAUCGUUCUUAUCUUCCAAUAGCAACGAUGAAUGGAUUGCCGUUUUAAAUUUGUUUGACAAACUCCUCAAAUCUAAGUCCAGUUCUGUAAAUUACGUCACAGUUAUCAAUUAUCAAAAGUUAUUGAAAUCAAUGAUAAAAUUUCCUUAUCUCCCUGAGCCUAUUUGGAAAAAAUGUCAUGAGAUCUGGCUCGGAUAUAACAUUACAUAUAGCGAUUUGGCCAGCCUGACUCCUGAGGUAGGUGCAAAAACAGAAUACGAUUGUGUUACUGAAUUGCUGAUUGCAUUCCAAGAUCUAUAUCCAUUAGUAGAUAAAUACGGAAAGAUUUCAGAGGAAUUCACCGAGAAAUCAUUAGGAUUCUUUAAUUCAGCAGCAAGAUAUCCGUUACUUCCUGAAUAUAGUCAAGAUAAAACCAAGUUAUCAGGUUUACAAAAUCAAUUGUUAUGUUGUCUACAUCUUUUUGACAGAAUUGAAAACCGUGAGAUUGAACUGUUAGUCAUUUACCAAUUAACUGUCUUUGGUACAUUAUGUUUUGAUACUAGGGAAAAAAUAGAAAAGAAAUUAGCACACAAAUUAACCGAUGCAACUAAUUCUAGAAUACCUUCAUUUGAGGCAAUAAGUUAUAUCUCAACUCAAUAUUUAUCAGAAAGGUUAGAUUUUGCGAGUAAUAACUCUGUACCCUUAGACAAAGACAAACAAAUAUUAAGAAUUGUGCGAAAUUUGUCAGACGUAAUACAAAGGAAAUCGUUUAUUAACUUAGGUAAAUCAGAGAAUAUUCCUCUUUGGGUUAUAUCAUCCCGUUGUUUUAGGAAAUUAGUCGAAAAGUUACUUGUUUCCUUCAAAAAGGCGUCUGCACCAAAUUACCUUCAAGGUGAAGUUUUAGGGAUAUUUAUCGAUGUAAUGUCGUCAUAUUUCGUAAGGGAAAGCGGGAAAACGGAUUCGUUAACUGAAUCUUCUGACAUAGAAGAAUAUAGAGCUUGUAGUACAAUACUUUUGCAAAAUGAUGUCAUUACAUUGCUAGAUGAUGAACGAUUGAAAUACCUUGUUGAAAGUAUAUGGUAUGGCUCCUUUAUCUAUGAAACUGAUGAAUACGAAAAUGCAUUGCUUGCAAGGGGUGAAACUCUAUUUGACGUUUCUCAACAACUUUCAAAUUUUGAUUUCAACGAUAUGUUUGGAUCUACAGUCCAACCUCCUUUAAUGAGUAAAUAUAAUUGCUCUCUUGUCUGUUUGAAUGAUCUUAUUAAAUUCGUGAUGCUACCAGAUCCUGAAUUCUCAAAACUAAGGAUAGUAACUAUCCCUUUCCUAGUUGUUCGUAUAUCUUUAGUGUUAAGAAGGUUUAUUUGCGAUGAAUUCCUAAUGUGCAAAGCUCCGAUCCCCAAACAUAGAAAAAUAGAGUUAACAACUUUUCUAAAUGGGUUGCAUAAAAUCAUGCAGUUUCUUUUGGAAGAGAAUCCCGAAUACGGCGAAGAGGAGACUCUCAAAGAACUAAAGGUAUUAUAUCCUUUGAUUCUUAAGACGAUCCCUGUUUCACACAAGGUGGAAGGUAUUCAGGAUGAUGUUCUAAAUUUAUCGUUGGCAUUUACUAAAUUAAUGUCCAAAUAA